AUGGUUGCUGCUGCUAAGAAGCUUCAUGUGUUGGAGUUCCUAGAGAAAGUGGAAGCCGUGAACGUUGUCCUGGUGCCCACGUCUGCAGAACUCUUCAAAAGCACCUUUGAUGUUGAUUCAGUUACAGUCACAGUCACAGCUUAUGGCUCUGGUUUGGACUCGCUCAAAAAGAUCUACGAGACACCUUUACUGUUUGAUGGCUUUGACGUCAAGAUUGCUGAGACCUCCUUGAUUGACUUCAAGGAGUACAUGAAACAGACAGAUCUUUUGCCACCGGCAUGCCUCAACGAGCUGUUGUUGGGCAAAGCCAUUGCGUGCUACGAGGGUAUCUACUGUGUGGCGGGUAUUGACCUGGAGAAGCUAGUGAAGCAUGUCGCAGAGAUCCACCCGAAGGAACGCAAGACAGUUUCUUUGCUGUACCAAACCUUCCGACAAAUGGGUCAUGAACGACUGCAAACACUUGGAGGGUUUAUCAUGCCAUUGAAGCCCAAGCAGGCCAUCCUUAUUCCCCAUGGCACCGUGAUUGCUGAGCUCUCUUUGACUCCACACUCGAUCAUCUCGCACUGGUCUUGGGUGCUUCCGACCGUUUCUGUAGAGCCUGAAGUGCUCAGGGCAAAGAUUGACCUUGCUGAGGAUAUGUUGGCCACUGAGCUGAAGUUGUUGGAUUCGCCUGUCCCUGCCAUUGAGAAGGACUUCAAAAUGUCUGCAGGUUACCUUUCCAAGCUAGAGUCGCAGUUGCAAGCUGCUGGCCUGCUGCUGGAGGUAUUGGAGCCUUUGAGGAGCCCGAAGAACCAGAAGCUGGAACUUGAGGAGUUUGAGGAUUUCUUCAAGACUCUGGAGGAAUGUAAUCUGAAGCUGAAGAAGUUUAUCGACAACAUUCUUGCGGACAAAAAGUUCAAGAAAUCCUGCCACAAGCUCUACGAAGCAAUCAGGGGACUUUGGGAAGACAAGAGCAAUAUGCAUGAUGAGGCUCUCAAAGAGAAGCUCUUCAAAACCAUUUCAGGAAAACAUCAGGAAGACUUGUCUGCCAUGUUGCAGCCUGCAACUUACGAGCGAAGUGCUGAGCCAGGUGCUGUUGCCACUUCUGUCAUUGACCUUGUGGGGGCUCUCGACAUUUUGGAGUCCAUCUUCAAGGCGGCUACUUCCAUCCUUGAGGAGCGCAAGCAGGAUCAGCAGGACCAGUCAAAUCAUGGGGCAUCAACUGCUCCUUCGGAAGACAUGAUUGAGUUUGCCCUGGGAAGACUGAAGGAUGGAGUCGAUGUUGACGGCCUCAUUCAAGAAAUUGGCAACGAUGAAAAGAGAUCCAAGCUGCUGGUGGAGCAAGCCAAAUGUCACCUUCUCAAGAAGAGCUAUCAAGCUUGGGCAUUACAGGCGGAGAAAAGAACGAACUUCGAAGAUGGUUGGGAAGGUGUGCUGACAGUGAUGGACUUUCUUCAGUGGCUGGCAAGUGAAAGUCAGAGCCAGCAUCAGAAUCAGAACCCGACGGCCGAUGCAGAUGCAGCCACUGCCGCUGCGGCUGAGGCUCAGGAAUCAAAGCAGGAGGGGGGGCCGCAGCUUGAAGCAGAGCUGGAACAACACCUGGUUCUAGUUGAGACAGCCUUGGCAAAAGCAUUGGAUGCGGAUGCGGGCUUGGAUUCCGGUCUUGGUGACGGUGAUUCUGGCCUGAAUGGCGAUGCUCAAGUGGCUCAAGUUUCAACUGUGCAACCUGAUGCAGAAGCCGCCGCUGCUGAAGCCGCGGCCGCGGCCCAAUCAAAUCUUGAUUCUGAUGCUCAUCGUCAUCCUGGUCCUCUUCCCCCGAGUGAUGCUGAUGCUGCAGUUGCUCCGGAGCAACUACCCGCCUCAAGUGAAGCCGCGGCAAUGGCGACGGCAACUGCAACUGAAGCUAAAGCUCCAAUGUCAAUGUCAACGCCACAUCCUGAAGUGGCUGCACCGGAGUCACCGGAUCCUGACACCACAAAUGGAGCGGAAGCUGGGCAGCCAAGAGUUGCUGGACCAGGAGCAUCGACGGAUGAUAGUGAACCUCCGGCAGAUUUUGAGCCCAGUCGAUUCUGGAAAUGGGAUGACUCAGUCCUCGCUUGUCUUUAUGAAGGGCAAUUCGAUCAAUCGAUUGCAGCAGCAAAGAGCCACCCUUCAUUUACUCGGUACUGGGCGGAAUUGAUGGCAGAACUGGCUCUUCCUCUAGAUGAACAACCUGACUUUGGGGAAGUUGAAACCUCAGAUCCUUUGGCGGAUUUGCAAGAAUUUGCAGCGUUCCUUCGGAAGCAAGACCUGUCUGGCUCUACACCAACGACUCAGACUCAGACAGUAGCUGCAGUAGCGGCAGCAAAUCCAGAAAGUCAAAAACAAGCCGCCGCAGCCACAGCCAAUGCUGGUGGCAAUGCGGUAGUCAAUGCGGUCAAGUCUGAGUCAACAUCUGAGGAAGAAGUGGAGGUCAAGGGGGGCAAGAGUCGGGCCAUCACAACGGAUAUCCCGGGCCUCCCGGGACCAAAAACAAGCGCAGUGUCAGUGUCAGUGCCAGUGCAGCCAGCAACUAUGAGCACCAAGGCAGCCAUGACAGCUAGUGGUGGUGGCAAGGUUGAGACGACGGCUGCUGAUAAGGACAAGGCGGACAAGGCUGACAAGGAGCUUGAAUCCGUGGAGAGGGAAUUGAGUGAAAUGCGAGCCGGGUUCGCGACCUCCCGCCUUUCCCAAGAAUCCUUGAGCGGGAAGAAUGUCGUCGCUCUUCUUGGUGCCAGUUCUACCGCGAACACGUUUGCCUCAGCCCCUGGUAUAGAUCCUGCUGCCCGGACCGGUCGCAGUCGUGGAAAGAGACCAGGACAGAAAGCUGACGGACAGAAAGACCAAGACCAGGAGCCAAACAAGACACAGGAAUCGAAGUCUAAGACUUCGAAAGAAAAAGAGACACAGGCAAAGGCAAAGGCAGCCAACAAGGCCAAGGCUAAGGCAAAGCAGACAGCGAAAAAUGACCAGGGGACAGAGUCCAAGAAAAGAACUGCUUCGCCUAAGCCUAAGACUAAGACGUCCAAGCAGGCCAAGAAAUGAGUGCUGCUGAGUUGAUGAAUGGCCGUGAGGCCGCUUGUGCCAUUUUUCAAGUUCGCCUGAUCACCCUCUCCG